AUGCCGACGACCGAGAGCACGCCGCUGAUACAGCAGGUUCCUGUCGCGGAGCCUCGCCUCAUAGCCGUCCCGAUCCUCACCCUCGUAAUCAUCCUCUUCUGCAUUGCAGUCGGCGGCGACAGCGACCUCUUCGGCGAGCACGAGAAGGCACUCCUCUCCUCCACAGCAAACCAAUUCCCCGAUCUCAGUUUACCGCACGCAGCAUGGCCGGAAAGCGAAGGGCUGAGCUACAAAGCUCUCAAGAAGCUGUUACUCGACACACCAGACCCAGACAAGGCGCGAGAAUGGAGCAAAUACUACACUGCCGGUCCGCACCUCUGCGGGAAGAACUUGAGUCAAGCGGAGUGGACGAGGGAUAAGUGGGUGGAGUUUGGGGUGAAGCAGGCGGAUAUUGUGAGCUAUGAGAUGUACCUCAACUACCCGGUCGACCACCGACUGGCGUUGCUGAGGGCGGAUGAGGUGGUGUAUGAAGCGACUCUGGAAGAGGAUGUCCUGGCGGAAGAUCCUACGACUGGUUUGGCGGAUCGGGUGCCGGUGUUUCACGGCUAUUCGGCGAGUGGGAAUGUUACGGCGGGUUAUGUGUUUUGCAAUUACGGGACGUAUGAUGAUUUUGAGGAUUUGAAAGAGGCUGGGGUUGAGUUGAAGGGCAAGAUUGCCUUGGUGAAAUACGGAGGAGUGUUUCGAGGGCUCAAGGUCAAGCGCGCGUCGGAGAUGGGAAUGGUUGGGGUGGUGAUGUACAGCGAUCCUGGUGACGAUGGUGAGAUGACAGAGAAGAAUGGCUACAAGCCAUAUCCUGAUGGACCAGCGAGGAACCCGAGUAGUGUGCAGAGAGGGAGCGUGGAGUACCUCAGCAUAGCACCAGGAGAUCCUACUACAAUCGGGUACCCAUCCAAGCCAGGUGUUGAUCGCCAGUCGCCUGAGGGAAUCAUCCCAGACAUCCCGUCUCUACCCAUCUCAUACGCCGAAGCCCUACCACUUCUCAAAGCCCUCAACGGUUACGGACCGAACGCCUCAUCCUUCAACGACCGCUGGCAAUCCGGCGGACUAGGCUACAAAGGCGUCCAAUACAGCAUCGGUCCCACGCCAGCCGAAACAUCAAUCCACCUGAUGAACGAGCAAGACUACGUGACGACUCCAGCCUGGAACGUGAUCGGUAUCAUCAACGGCUCCAUCCCCGACGAGGUCGUUGUGCUUGGGAACCACCGAGACGCAUGGAUAGCCGGAGGUGCCGGCGACCCCAACUCAGGCUCUGCAGCACUGAACGAAGUCGUGCGCUCUUUUGGAGCCGCGGUCAAGCAGGGCUGGACACCACAGCGCACGAUUGUGUUCGCCAGCUGGGACGGCGAAGAGUACGGUCUGCUCGGCUCGACGGAAUGGGUCGAAGAAUACCUCCCUUGGCUCAGCGAUGCCAGCGUCGCCUACAUCAACGUCGACGUUGGAGCUAUUGGCCCAGUCUUUCGCGCAGCCGCCGCACCGCUGCUCAACAAAGCGAUAUAUAAAGUCACGGGCGAGGUGCGUUCCCCGAACCAGACAGUGGAAGGCCAGACGAUCCGGGAUACUUGGAACGGCCAUAUCUCGACUAUGGGAUCUGGUAGCGAUUUCACCGCUUUCCAAGAUUUCGCUGGUAUCCCAAGUAUCGACAUCGGCUUCGAGGCAGGGCCAGGCAGUCCAGUCUACCACUAUCACAGCAAUUACGACAGCUUUCACUGGAUGGAUAAGUACGCGGAUCCGGGCUUCAAAUACCACGCCACAAUGGCCCGGAUCCUAGCCCUGCUAACCGCGAAGCUGUCCGAAGAGCCAGUGGUGCAGUUCAACGCAACCGACUACGCAGUUGGCCUGAAGAACUACCUCCAAACCGUCAAACAAAAAGCCGCAACCUCCAACCUCUCCCCCCUGACGCCGGCAACCUUCCACCCCCUCGACAAAGCCAUCGCUCAACUCCACGACAUCUCCGUCUCCUUCGAUGCCAAAGCCUCUUCCCUCUCCACUCAGCUGCAGUCUUCAACCUCCACUUCGGCGUUCGCGGAGCUGUACGCAUCAGUUAAGACUAUCAACACGAAGUACAAAUUCCUCGAGCGGCAGUUCCUGCACGCUCCCGGGUUGGACGGGCGAAGCUGGUUUAAAUCCGUAGUGUUCGCACCGGGGCUGUGGACGGGGUAUGCGGGGGCGACAUUUCCGGGCAUUGUGGAGGCGAUUGAGUCUGGAAAUCAAACUGGUGUUGACAGGUGGGUGGGAAUCGUUGAAGGGAAGGUCAAGGGGGCGGUGGACUUGCUUGUGGAUCAGUGA